UCCCCCCCACCCCCAUUCCCCUCUCGCUCUCUUUGCCCAGAGCUCGGACAAGGAGAGAGAUACCACGACGAAAUAAAAGCCUUCUCUUUUCUUCUUCCAAGAGAAGAGAGAGGCAGAGGGAGGGAGAGGAAUUAAAGCAAACACAUCAUCGGCAUUUGGCGCCGACCACUCCAUGGCGAAACUAGCGGGACUUCCUUUCCUUCUUCUGUCCCUCCUUGUCGCCGCUGCCGCCACCGCUGCCGCCGCCUACUCCAGCGGCGGAGCAGGGGAAGGCGCCGUGCCGCUGAACUGGAUCCCGGGGAUGUCGACGUGCCAGGGGACCAUAGAGGAGUGCCUCGCCGGGGAGGAGUUCGAUCUGAGCUCUGAGGUGGCCCGCCGCAUCCUGGCGACCUCCGACUACAUCUCCUACAACUCCCUCAAGCGCGACAACACCCCCUGCUCCCGCCGUGGCGCCUCCUACUACAACUGCCGCCCCGGCGCCCAGGCUAACCCCUACUCCCGCGGCUGCUCCGCCAUCACCAAAUGCCGGAGUUAGCUCUCUCUCUCUCUCUGUGUGUGUGCGUGUGUGGCUCUCUCUCUCUCUCUCUCUGUAUGUGUGUGUGUCUCCCUUCCGAGCUCCCCUGUUAUCUGUUUCUUUGCUAAAGGGAAAGGCUUCUUCUAGUAAGAGAGAGAGAGAUUAAUUUGGUAUGUGAUGUUGUUGUUCUCUUCAUGUUGUUAUUGUUGUUGCUGUUGUUUCAUUGUUAUGUAAACAUGUUUUAUAUGUCUUGUGUAAAAAAAAAAUCUGAUUUUUUUUCCGGUCCCCUAUACAGUUGAGCUUCCUUGUGUUAAUCUUUGAUGAAUUUAUGUUGAAUAAUUGAUGCUCUGAC